AUGGCUAAACAAAGACAAACUACUAAAUCGUCUAAGCGAUAUAGAUAUUCUUCCUUCAAGGCUAGGAUUGACGAUUUGAAGAUUGAACCGGCUAGAAAUUUGGAAAAAAGGGUACAUGAUUAUGUCGAGUCGUCGCAUUUUCUCGCUUCCUUUGAUCAGUGGAAAGAAAUUAAUUUAAGUGCCAAAUUUACGGAGUUUGCAGCGGAAAUUGAGCAUGAUGUUCAAACAUUACCCCAAAUACUAUAUCAUGAUAAAAAGAUUUUUAAUUCUUUGGUUUCAUUCAUUAACUUUCACGAUGAGUUUUCUUUGCAACCGCUUCUGGACCUCUUGGCUCAAUUUUGUCAUGAUUUAGGUCCAGAUUUUCUUAAAUUUUAUGAAGAAGCUAUCAAAACUUUAAUAAAUCUGUUAGACGCUGCUAUAGAAUUUGAGUCAUCUAAUGUUUUUGAGUGGGGUUUCAACUGUUUGGCUUAUAUUUUCAAGUAUCUCUCGAAAUUUUUGGUUAAAAAACUGGUACUCACAUGUGAUCUUUUAAUUCCACUAUUGUCUCAUUCUAAGGAAUAUCUUUCAAGAUUUUCAGCAGAAGCAUUAUCUUUUUUAGUAAGAAAGUGUCCUGUUUCUAACUUGCGCGAGUUUGUUAGAUCAGUUUUUGAAAAGUUAGAGGGAGAUGAUGAGCAAACUAACCUCUACGAAGGGCUUCUGAUAUUAUUCACAGAAUCCAUGACGUCAACGCAAGAAACUCUGCAUUCGAAAGCUAAAGCUAUCAUGAGCGUUCUUUUGCAUGAAGCUUUGACCAAAUCAUCCCCGGAAAGAUCUGUUUCAUUGCUCUCAGAUAUUUGGAUGAACAUUAGUAAGUACGCCUCAAUCGAAAGUUUACUUCCAGUCUAUGAAGUUAUGUAUCAGGAUUUUAACGAUUCUCUCGAUGCCACCAAUAUCGAUAGAAUAUUAAAAGUAUUGACAACAAUUGUCUUCUCGGAAAGUGGUAGAAAAAUUCCUGAUUGGAAUAAAAUUACUAUCCUAAUUGAAAGAAUAAUGAGUCAAAGUGAAAAUUGUGCUUCGCUUUCACAGGAUAAAGUGGCUUUCCUAUUUGCUUUAUUUAUUCGUAACAGUGACGUGAAAACUUUAACAUUAUUCCACCAAAAACUUUUUAACUACGCUUUAACAAAUAUAUCUGACUGUUUCCUUGAAUUCUUUCAAUUUGCUUUAAGGCUAAGCUAUGAAAGAGUAUUUUCAUUCAAUGGAUUAAAAUUCCUACAGUUAUUUUUAAAGAAAAAUUGGCAAUCACAAGGAAAAAAAAUUGCACUUUUUUUUCUAGAAGUAGAUGAUAAGCCUGAACUGCAGAAAGUACGGGAAGUAAAUUUCCCAGAAGAAUUUAUUUUAUCUAUCAGAGAUUUUUUUGUCACAGCAGAAAUUAAUGAUUCGAAUGACCUUUUCGAAAUAUAUUGGCGAGCUAUAAUUUUUAAAUAUUCGAAAUUACAGAAUACAGAAAUUAUUAUCCCAUUGCUUGAACGUAUCUUUUCAACUUUUGCAUCACCAGAUAAUUUUACGAAAGAUAUGGUCGGUACACUCUUAAAAAUAUAUCGUAAAGAAGACGACGCUUCAGGGAAUAAUCUAUUAAAGACUAUUCUGGAUAAUUACGAAAACUAUAAAGAAAGUUUAAACUUUUUAAGAGGAUGGAACAAGUUAGUGAGUAAUCUUCAUCCUUCAGAAAGCUUAAAAGGACUAAUGUCACACUAUCCAAGUCUACUCCUUAGCUUGACAGAUAAUUUUAUGUUGCCUGAUGGGAAGAUUCGUUAUGAAACUUUAGAAUUAAUGAAGACAUUAAUGAUUUUGCAGGGUAUGCAAGUACCUGACCUCCUUUCUUCAUGUAUGGUUAUCGAGGAAAUACCUCUUACACUACAAAAUGCCAGAGAUUUAACCAUUAGAAUCAAGAAUGUUGGUGCCGAAUUCGGAAAAACCAAAACAGACAAGCUAGUAUCCUCUUUCUUUCUCAAAUACUUAUUUGGCCUUCUUACCGUUAGAUUCUCUCCAGUUUGGACUGGUGUUUUUGACACUCUUCCUAAUGUUUACACAAAAGAUGAAGCCCUCGUUUGGAAACUUGUGCUAUCAUUCAUUAAACUUCCUGAUGAAAAUCAAAAUUUGGAUUACUACCAGCCUCUUCUUGAAGAUGGUGCAAACAAAGUUCUGUGGGAUUCGAGUGUAGUGAGGUUAAGGGACACUAUUGAUACGUUCUCACAUAUUUGGUCAAAGUAUUCUACUCAAAAUACGAGCAUUAUAUCUACUACUAUUGAAAGAAGGGGGAACACCACCUACCCAAUUUUAAUUAGAAAUCAGGCUCUAAAAGUUAUGCUAUCGAUUCCUCAAGUUGCUGAAAAUCACUUCGUCGACAUCGCACCUUUUGUUUAUAAUGACUUCAAGACUUACAAAGAUGAAGAGGAUAUGGAAAAUGAACGUGUUAUUACUGGUUCAUGGACAGAAGUUGAUAGAAACGUGUUUUUAAAGACUUUAAGCAAGUUCAAAAAUAUAAAGAAUGUUUAUAGUGCAACAGAAUUGCACGAUCAUCUGAUGGUACUGUUGGGUAGCCGUAAUACAGACGUUCAGAAGCUUGCGUUGGACGCACUUCUUGCAUACAAAAAUCCAACGUUGAAUAAAUAUAGAGAUAAUUUGAAAAAUCUACUAGAUGACACCUUAUUCAAGGACGAGAUUACGACUUUUUUAACCGAAAAUGGGUCGCAGUCUAUCAAGGCUGAGGACGAAAAGGUAGUCAUGCCUUAUGUCCUUAGAAUUUUCUUCGGUCGAGCACAAGUCCCCCCAACUAGUGGACAGAAAAGAAGCCGCAAAAUAGCUGUCAUUUCAGUUUUGCCAAAUUUUAAGAAGCCAUAUAUUAAUGAUUUUUUGAGUUUGGCUAGUGAAAGGCUGGAUUAUAAUUAUUUUUUUGGGAACAGCCAUCAAAUAAAUAGCUCAAAGGCUACCUUGAAAACUAUCAGACGGAUGACUGGUUUCGUUAACAUUGUAAAUUCUACUCUGUCUGUAUUAAGAACAAAUUUUCCUUUGCAUACUAAUUCAGUGCUGCAGCCGUUGAUCUAUUCAAUUGCUAUGGCAUACUAUGUCUUAGAUACUGAGAGCACAGAGGAGGUACAUUUAAGAAAGAUGGCAAGUAAUUUAAGGCAACAAGGUCUAAAAUGUUUAAGUAGUGUCUUUGAAUUUGUUGGAAAUACAUUUGAUUGGUCUACUUCUAUGGAAGAUAUUUACGCCGUUGUAGUUAAGCCUCGUAUUUCACAUUUUUCGGAUGAAAACUUACAACAACCCUCCUCUUUACUAAGACUUUUCCUUUAUUGGGCACACAAUCCAUCUCUGUACCAGUUUUUGUAUUACGAUGAAUUUGCAACUGCCACUGCAUUGAUGGACACCAUAUCAAACCAACACGUUAAGGAAGCUGUUAUUGGCCCAAUAAUUGAAGCGGCGGACUCAAUUAUUAGAAAUCCAGUAAAUGAUGAUCACUACGUAGAUUUGGUGACUCUCAUCUGCACAUCAUGUCUGAAAAUACUUCCUUCGCUAUAUGUCAAACUUUCUGACUCAAACUCGAUUUCCACAUUUUUGAAUUUGCUAGUUAGUAUCACUGAGAUGGGAUUUAUUCAAGAUGAUCAUGUUAGAAGUCGUUUAAUUAGUUCAUUAAUAUCAAUAUUAAAAGGAAAGCUAAAAAAACUGCAGGAAAAUGAUACCCAAAAAAUUUUGAAAAUAUUAAAGCUGAUAGUUUUCAACUACAAUUGUUCUUGGAGUGAUAUUGAAGAACUAUACACUACCAUAUCUUCUUUGUUCAAAACAUUUGACGAGCGAAACCUCAGGGUUUCCUUGACAGAGCUCUUCAUAGAACUCGGUAGAAAAGUUCCUGAAUUAGAAAGUAUUUCGAAAUUGGUUGCGGACUUGAAUUCAUACUCCUCAUCACGUAUGCAUGAAUAUGAUUUUCCUAGAAUUUUAUCAACUUUCAAGGGGUUAAUUGAAGAUGGUUAUAAGUCCUACAGUGAGUUAGAGUGGUUACCUCUGUUGUUCACCUUUUUACAUUUUAUCAAUAAUAAGGAAGAACUUGCGUUAAGAACAAACGCAUCCCACGCUAUAAUGAAGUUUAUUGACUUCAUUAACGAAAAGCCUAAUCUUAAUGAAGCUUCAAAAUCGAUUUCUAUGCUGAAGGAUAUACUUUUACCCAAUAUAAGGAUUGGCCUCAGAGACUCCCUAGAAGAGGUACAAAGUGAGUAUGUAUCAGUGCUAUCAUAUAUGGUAAAAAACACGAAAUAUUUCACCGACUUCGAAGAUAUGGCCAUUUUACUGUACAAUGGUGAUGAAGAAGCAGAUUUUUUUACAAACGUUAAUCAUAUUCAGCUUCAUCGUCGUCAGAGAGCCAUUAAAAGACUAGGUGAACAUGCUCAUCAACUCAAAGAUAACAGUAUAUCCCAUUAUUUAAUUCCAAUGAUCGAACAUUAUGUCUUUUCGGAUGAUGAAAGAUACAGAAAUAUUGGAAAUGAGACCCAAAUAGCCAUCGGAGGGUUGGCGCAGCACAUGAGUUGGAAUCAAUACAAAGCUCUUCUUAGAAGGUACAUUUCUAUGUUGAAAACCAAGCCUAACCAAAUGAAGCAAGCCGUACAAUUAAUUGUUCAACUUUCUGUUCCACUUAGAGAAACUCUUCGUAUCGUAAGAGAUGGGGCUGAGUCGAAACUUACUUUGAGCAAAUUUCCUUCCAACUUAGAUGAACCCAGUAAUUUUAUUAAGCAAGAAUUGUAUCCGACUCUUUCGAAAAUUCUUGGCACUAGAGAUGACGAAACUAUAAUUGAAAGAAUGCCUAUUGCGGAGGCAUUAGUUAAUAUUGUUUUAGGGCUCACAAAUGAUGAUAUUACUAAUUUCCUCCCUAGUAUUCUAACAAAUAUUUGCCAAGUUUUGAGAAGUAAAUCCGAAGAAUUAAGAGAUGCAGUAAGAGUAACCUUGGGUAAAAUCAGUAUUAUCUUGGGCGCUGAGUAUCUUGUCUUUGUGAUAAAGGAAUUAAUGGCUACAUUAAAACGUGGUUCUCAAAUUCAUGUGUUAAGUUACACUGUCCACUACAUAUUAAAGAGUAUGCACGGAGUCUUAAAACACUCCGAUUUGGAUACCUCGUCCAGUAUGAUUGUUAAGAUUAUAAUGGAAAAUAUCUUUGGGUUCGCUGGUGAAGAAAAAGACUCUGAGAAUUAUCAUACAAAAGUGAAAGAAAUUAAGAGUAAUAAAAGCUAUGAUGCUGGUGAAAUUCUCGCCUCAAACAUCAGCCUGACAGAAUUUGGAACAUUACUCUCUCCUGUGAAGGCUUUGUUGAUGGUCAGAAUUAAUCUAAGAAAUCAAAACAAACUGAGUGAAUUAUUGAGACGAUAUUUGUUGGGUUUAAAUCAUAAUAGUGACUCUGAGUCAGAAAGUAUCCUCAAGUUCUGCCAUCAGCUUUUCCAGGAAUCAGAAAUGAGUAAUUCCCCUCAAAUACCAAAGAAAAAAGUGAAAGACCAAGUAGAUGAAAAAGAAGACUUUUUCUUGGUAAAUUUGGAGUCGAAAUCUUAUACCAUCAACUCAAACAGUUUGCUUUUGAACAGCACUUUACAAAAAUUUGCUUUAGACUUACUUAGGAACGUAAUAACGAGACACCGCUCCUUUUUAACUGUCUCGCACCUAGAGGGUUUUAUUCCAUUUUUGAGAGAUUCGUUACUUUCGGAAAAUGAAGGUGUGGUAAUUAGUACUUUACGUAUCCUGAUUACAUUAAUUAGGCUAGAUUUUUCCGAUGAAUCUAGUGAAAUCUUCAAAAACUGUGCGAGGAAGGUACUAAAUAUUAUCAAGGUUUCUCCUUCAACUUCAAGCGAAUUAUGCCAAAUGGGUUUAAAGUUUCUUUCUGCCUUUAUACGUCACACAGAUUCAACAUUAAAGGAUACUGCUUUGAGUUAUGUUCUAGGGAGGGUCUUACCAGAUUUAAAUGAACCAAGCAGACAAGGCCUUGCUUUUAAUUUCCUAAAAGCACUUGUUUCAAAACAUAUCAUGCUUCCAGAACUCUAUGACAUUGCGGAUACUACUAGGGAAAUCAUGGUCACAAACCACUCAAAAGAAAUUAGGGAUGUAUCCAGGAGCGUUUACUACCAAUUUUUAAUGGAAUAUGACCAAAGUAAGGGUCGUUUAGAAAAGCAGUUCAAAUUUAUGGUCGACAAUUUACAGUAUCCUACCGAGUCCGGCCGUCAGUCCGUAAUGGAAUUGAUCAAUUUGAUUAUUACAAAGGCUAAUCCUGCUUUACUAUCCAAAUUAUCAUCUUCCUUCUUUCUGGCGCUAGUUAAUGUUUCUUUUAAUGAUGAUGCGCCAAGAUGCCGUGAGAUGGCUUCAGUAUUGAUUUCCACCAUGCUUCCAAAGCUUGAAAAUAAGGACCUUGAAAUUGUUGAAAAAUAUAUAGCCGCUUGGCUAAAACAGGUUGAUAAUGCAUCCUUUUUAAAUCUUGGGUUGAGAACUUAUAAGGUCUACUUGAAAAGUAUUGGGUUUGAACAUACUAUUGAGCUAGACGAGCUUGCCAUCAAGCGUAUAAGGUACAUUUUGAGCGAUACGUCGGUAGGAUCAGAACAUCAGUGGGAUUUGGUAUACUCAGCUUUAAAUACGUUCUCAUCUUAUAUGGAAGCAACAGAGAGCGUUUAUAAACAUGGUUUCAAAGACAUAUGGGAUGGUAUUAUCACAUGUCUCUUGUAUCCGCACUCAUGGGUCCGUCAAUCGGCGGCAAAUCUUGUUCAUCAACUCAUAGCCAAUAAGGAUAAGCUGGAGAUAUCAUUAACCAAUCUGGAAAUUCAAACCAUUGCAACAAGAAUUCUUCACCAAUUAGGUGCGCCUUCUAUUCCGGAGAAUCUUGCGAACGUCUCAAUAAAAACAUUAGUUAAUAUCAGUAUCCUAUGGAAGGAGCAACGCACGCCGUUCAUAAUGGAUGUAUCAAAACAAACUGGAGAGGAUCUAAAAUAUACUACCGCCAUUGAUUAUAUGGUAACUCGAAUUGGUGGUAUUAUCAGGUCGGAUGAACAUCGUAUGGAUUCUUUUAUGUCGAAGAAGGCGUGUAUUCAGUUAUUGGCCUUAUUAGUUCAAGUUCUGGACGAAGACGAAGUAAUUGCAGAAGGGGAAAAGAUAUUAUUGCCGCUAUAUGGUUAUUUAGAAACAUAUUACUCAAGAGCAGUUGAUGAAGAACAGGAAGAACUACGCACUCUUUCAAACGAAUGUUUAAAAAUACUGGAAGACAAAUUGCAAGUAUCCGAUUUUACAAAAAUAUACACUGCUGUCAAACAGACCGUAUUAGAAAGAAGAAAGGAAAGGAGAUCUAAAAGGGCAAUUCUGGCUGUUAACGCUCCACAAAUUUCUGCUGAUAAAAAGUUGAGAAAGCAUGCGAGAUCGAGGGAAAAGAGAAAGCAUGAAAAGGAUGAAAAUGGGUAUUAUCAAAGACGUAACAAAAGAAAGAGAGCCUAG